CUUGAAAAACAAGAACAUAAAAACCCAUUUUGUCUGUUUUACUUGAUAGAGAAAAUAUAUUUAUCUCUGCCUCCAGUGGUUGAUCUUGUGAUCAAAACGUAGAAAUAUAUUCAUCAAUCACAGUGGUUAUUCGAUAAAUUAUAUUUUCAUUUCUAUUAACCGGAAGCUUUAUCAUCAUAUAUGUAAAUACAGACAUAUUAUAGAUUGAAACACAAACUAUAGUCAAGAAAUUAAUAUAAUCAUGGGGAAGGAUCAUGAUAUCGAAGCUGGGAAGCAUUAUCCAUCACAAAUGGAAGAUCCUCAGCUACGUUGGGGUUUCAUUCGGAAAGUUUAUUCAAUCUUGACGUUACAAUUGCUUUUAACAGUUCUCAUUGCUAGUAUAGUUGUUCUAACCCCGCGAAUCAACCAGUUUUUCCGUACCCAAACGGGUCUAAUCGUAUACCUCAUCAUUGCCAUUAUUACGAUCAUAGUUCUCUUAGUGAUGCAACUCUUUAUGAAUCGUCACCCUCACAAUAUCAUCAUGUUGGGCUUGUUUACUGUGAUGUUUUCUGUUAUGGUUGGGGUUUCUUGUGUGUUUUCGAAAGGGAAAAUCAUAAUGGAGGCCAGUCUUCUAACCUCUGUGAUGGUGGUCAGCCUCACCCUCUUCACUUUCUGGGCAGCUAAACGAGGAUACGAUUUCAACUUCCUGUGGCCAUUUUUGUUCUGCACACUUAUUUUGGUUUUAAUUUUCAGCAUAAUUCAGAUCUUUUUCCCGAUGGGAAGCUUGGUGAGGAUGAUAAUCUCUUUUGUGGUGGCACUUCUAUACUGUGGAUUCAUCAUAUACGAUACAGAUAAUCUGAUUAAACGCUGCAGCUAUGAUGAAUAUAUCCUUGCUGCAACCAUGCUUUAUAUCGACAUGGGUUAA